AUGCGAUUACUAUUACUGCACAAUCCAACUUCACCUGAAUUCGCCGAAUUCCUCGUGGGGUCCAUCUUACCACCUUUAUUCUCACUUCAUACUUUCUUGCAACGCGAACGGAACGAACAUAAACACAUUCAAGAAAAGUCAUUACAGAGUUCUCUAGAUGAAGGCAUUCAGUCGCUCUUGAUAAGCUGGGGUAAAAGCGUUAGUGAAGAAGCUGGAGUGAAGGGUAUUUGGGCAAUUGCCGAGAAUGGAAGUGGAUGGGGAAAAGAUAGUAUUGAAGGCGAAGGUGUUAGACUGCAAUGGGAGAAGGAAGGCGAAGGAGUCAAACUUGUAGCUUCGCGAGCCACGGCAGACGAAUCUGAAAUCAUGUUACCUGCGAUCAAUUCAGCUCAGACGACGAAAGAAGACGAUAUCCUCACCCAAUUCCUAUCUCGGCAACAUACAUACCCUGAUUCCCAGCUGUUGUGCCAAUUAAUCGAUUCGUUGGAUCGACCUGAUUUCGCCAGCGAGGUCAUACUCAAAUCAUUAGACUCAUGGAGAAUCAAGUUGGCUACGGAGACUGAACCUUCGUUAGAUGCAUUGAGCAAUUUACAGCUCACUAUCCAGAUGAUGGAGAAGCUUGGCUCUCAGCUAUUUGCUAAACCGUCUCAGGUAUUAGGUUUCGUAGAGAGAGUACUUAAUGACCAAGUUCAAUCACUCGAUGAUGAAUACUUAGAAAGCGGAAGUGAGAAACCACUGAUUGCAGAAGUGAAAGGUGAAGAAAUAGUACAUGAUGAUGUUGCACCUGAUGGGAAGAGGGGGUUGAUCGAAGUUGCCUGUCAACUACUUGCAUCUCUCGAAGGCGAAGGGCAGCUUAAAGACGAUCUCGCCAUACUUCAUCCUAUACUCUCUCAUCUUGACGUACUAUCGCUUCGAUCCCCGUCGGUAUCAAUCCGCAACGCAGCUCGAGAAGCUCAGCUACUGCUAACACAUCGUCAAUCGUCACAUUCAUCUCAAGCUGUUGAUCCCAAGCAAGCUUCGCUUGAGAAGUACAACCAAGCAACGACUUUGAUCAACGAUGUUACUCUCCCAGUCAAAGCGCAUGGAUUAACUAUGCUGAAAGAUCUAGUCUUUUCACCUUUCUUCGAUAAUUCAUUGACACCAACCAUACUAGAUAUCUACGUCAAGCACCUGGACGAUAAAGACUCGUUUAUCUACCUAUCGGCCAUCAAAGGGUUGAGUGGUAUGGUAGAUGCACUAGGUAGAGAUGUAUUUACAGCUCUGAUCGGCAAAUAUACCACGGAGUUAGGAAAGCUCAAAGUCGCUGGAAAGAAAGAUCAAACGGACAUAGUGGAAAGGGCGCUUCGUCUUGCUGAAGCUAUUGAUCACGUAGUAGAAAGGACUGGUGAUGCUCUUGGACAAUAUGCCAACGACAUCGUCCCUCCUCUCAUGACCAUGUACCCUACAACCUCUCUUCCAACUGUCAUACGAAGUUCGGCACUGUCCAUUCUCUCUACCUGUGCAAGAGUAUCUCCAUUCAGCAUCCUUCCAUGGGCGUUUGAAUUGGCAGAAGGUACUCUGGAUCUGGUACAAAUUGAAUCGGUAACCUCAUCACCUUUCCGACCUCAAGCCCAACAGCCUGACCGAGAUUCUGAUCUACCUAAAUUGCAAUGGGGUAAAUCGAAAUUGAUUCAACUUGUCGAUGACGAACCCAUCCCUGAACCUGAAGAAUCAAUACCGACUGAACCGGUCAAACCCCGAAUCGUUGAUGAAGAACCUACCAAGAAAGAAGAUGGGAAACAUCCAGCAUUACGAAGAGCAGCAUUGAGCGUAUUUAACUGGUCGAUCCGAGUGAUCCUAUUCGUUAGGUUUAUGAAUUCUGCUGAGAAAAAUGAUCAGAUUAAUGGAUCAGAUGGGAUUGAUAUAAAGGUUUCAAAUUAUUCACCAAUCGACCUAAGAUUAUCGUCAGACAGGGAAAAAGAAGGAGGGGAAGAGGUUGGAUUCUCAAAUGCGUUUAUAGAAAGAGCGAUAAACAUCAUUGGAUAUGUCCAGAGAUUCGACGAUGAUGAAGUCGUUCGACAACAUGCUCAGAGUGCAGUCAAGGAUCUGUGGCUGUUGAAAAAUGGAGGGAUGGACAUGAAUCCGGAGCAGAAUGAGGGUGGGAUCAAGGGUUUGGAAAGAUUGAAAUUGCUUAGGGUCAAGUGA